GCGGAAGUAGAAGAAGCGGAGAUGUUUGCAGUUACCCGGAAGACAAGUGACAGAUAAAUAUUUCACAAAAGAACGUGCGCAGAGGCCCGUGUUGUCCCAAACUGUUUCGUUUGUCGGAAGAGAGGAAACGUGAAUGUCACAACCAUGGCUUCAGACACGGACGGAGAGGGCGACAUGUUCUGGACUGAGGAGGGGAUGCAGACUGGUGGACAUGGUUUGGAAACCAAAGAUUAAGUUACACAGGACAGAGCUCCCACAGCAAGUUGUUUGUAAGGAGGAGGAGGUUCUCUCUGAGCAGCAGCUCUGUGACCAGCAGAGGAACUCCAGUCUGGUCCAAGAGGAGCCAGAGCAACCAAGUGCUGCUGCUGAAGAAAAAACAAGAGUCACUGAGAAUAUUAUCAUCGAGUUCAAUGAAGACAUUGAUCAUCAGCGCAGACUGGUGGAUAUGGUUUGGAAACCUGGGAUAAAGAUGCACAGGACAGAGCUCCCACAGCAAGUUGUUUGUAAGGAGGAGGAGGUUCUCUCUGAGCUGCAGCUCUGUGACCAGCAGAGGAACUCCAGUCUGGACCAAGAGGAGCCAGAGCAACCAAGUGCUGCUGCUAAAGAAAAACCAAGAGUCACUGAGAAUAUUAUCAUCGAGUUCAACGAAGACAUUGAUCAUCAGCGCAGACUGGUGGAUAUGGUUUGGAAAACCGAGAUGAAGAUGCACAUGACAGAACUCCCACAGCAACAUGUCUAUAAGGAGGAGGAGGUUCUCUCUGAGCAGCAGCUCUGUGACCAGGAGAGACACUCCAGUCUGGUCCAAGAGGAGCCAGAGCCUCCACAGAUUAAAGAGGAGCAGGAGGAACCAGGCAGGAGUCAAGAGGGAGAGCAGCUUGUACUGAAGCAGGAGACUGAUACCUUUAUGUUGACUCCUACUCAUGAGGAAAGUAAGCACAGUGAACCAAACAGUGACCACCAGCUCCACUCUCACUACGCUCCUGUAGCUGAGAGCCAAGAUCAGAGAGGAAGUGAGCACAUGGCCCCAGGAUCAACUAGAAGUGAAGAGACAAAGAAGGGACAUCACAAUAACACAAGUCACAGUGACAAUGUAGACAACUCACCCCCGGCAAAGAGUCACUGUAACACUCACACAGGCAAAAAGUCUUUCAAGUGUGACACUUGUGCAAAAGAUUUUCAGCAUAAAUACAGAUUGGCCCAACACAUCAGAAUCCACACAGGUGAGAAGCCGUAUUUGUGCAAAACAUGUGGGAAAUGUUUCACACAGCGUUAUAACCUGAAUGAACACAUGAGAAUCCACACAGGUGAGAAGUCGUAUUUGUGCAAAACAUGUGGGAAAUGCUUCACACAGGGUAAAAACCUGAAUAAACACAUGAGAAUCCACACAGGUGAGAAGCCGUAUUUGUGCAAAACAUGUGGGAAAUGCUUCACACAGAGUCAUGAGCUGAAAGUGCACAUGAGAAUCCACACAGGUGAGGAGCCGUAUUUGUGCAAAACAUGUGGGAAAUGUUUCACGCAGGGUUAUAACCUGAAUAAACACAUGAGAAUCCACACAGGUGAGAAGCCGUAUUUGUGCAAAACAUGUGGGAAAUGUUUCACACAGGGUUAUAACCUGAAUGAACACAUGAGAGUUCACACAGGUGAGAAGCCGUAUUUGUGCAAAACAUGUGGGAAAUGUUUCACACAUCGUAAUAACCUGAAUGUUCACAUGAGAGUCCACUCAGGUGAGAAGCCGUAUUUGUGCCAAACAUGUGGCAAAAGUUUCACGCAGAGUCAUGAUCUGAAAGUUCACAUGAGAGUCCACACAGGUGAGAAGGGCCGUAUUCCUGUGAAACGUGGGGAAUGUCAUUCAUCAUCCUUAAAAACGCACAUGAGAAUUCAUACAGAUUAAAAGUCGUAUACUUACUGAACAUUAGGGAGCGCUUUCACAGUUAGUGGUGAAUUGACAAUCUGUUUAAUAAUACUCUUGGUUUCUGUCUUGCUCGGGUUCACAGCUAAAUCAAUGAAAUUAUCCUUGGUGGCUUGCUUUGCGACCUUAUCUGCCAUUUCAUUUCCUUUGAUACCAAUAUGUGCUGGUGUCCAUUAAAAAGAAUUACUGUAAGACCCAU